AUUUUGUAUCUUGGCGCGCCGUCGUCCACCGCCGCCGCCAGCUACCUCGUUCGGAAGAUGAAGUUCUCGUACGAGUUCAGCCACCUCUGUGGGACCGUCUACACACAGGGCAACCUUGUGUUCACGCCGGACGGGAAUUCGCUGCUCAGUCCUGUCGGCAAUCGCAUCACCGUGUUCGACUUGAUCAACAAUGCGUCGCGAACGUUUGCGUUUGAAAGCCGCAAGAACGUCCAAACGAUUGCCGUCUCCCUCGAUUCUCGCCUGCUCGUUGCUGUCGACGAAGACGGCCAUUCGCUUCUGGUGAACCUCAAGAAAGGGAUUGUCCUGUACCGAUUCAACUUCAAAGCGCCCGUUCGCACCCUUCGCUUCAGCCCGGACAACCGAUACCUCGCCGUGUCCCAUGGCACGAAGAUUCAAGUGUGGAAGGCGCCGGGCCUCAAGCGAGAAUUCGCACCGUUCGUUCACCACCGAACGUACGGUGGACACCACGGCGACGUUUUGUCGAUUGAAUGGUCGCCCGACUCGAAGUUCUUUCUCAGUUCUGCCAAGGAUCUGUCCGUGCGCCUGUGGUCUCUCCAGCCGUACCCGAACUUCACGCCGUACACACUGGUCGGCCAUCGCGAUGUCGUGGUCGGCGCGUACUUUUCUGCCGACGGUCAGACAAUCUACACGGUUGCGCGGGAUGGCGGCGCGUAUCUCUGGGAACACGACGGUGGUGUCGCCCCCGACGAGGAUGUCGAUGAAGACGAGAUCCCGCUCGUUGCUCGCGGUGUCAAGUGGUCCACCAAGCACAAACACGUAUUCAAAAUGGAGUACGCCAAGGUGGACUGCGUGACGUUUCACGCCGCCACUGAGCUGCUCGUUGUGGGGUUUGGCAACGGCACGUUCGGGUUGUACUCGCUUCCCGACUUCCAGGACAUUCACACGCUCAGUGUUUCGCAACAUCGCAUCAGCUCCGUCGCAAUCAACGCGUCCGGCGAAUGGUUGGCGUUGGCUUCGCAACACCUCGGCCAACUUCUCGUGUGGGAGUGGAAAUCCGAGACAUACGUGCUCAAGCAGCAAGGCCACUACUUUGACUUGAACGUGCUUGCAUACUCGCCGGACGGCCGCCUUCUCGCCACGGGGGCCGACGAUGCCAAGCUCAAGUUGUGGGACACCACAUCUGGCUUUUGCUACGUCACGUUCCACGAGCACACCGCCCCCGUGACUGGCGUCGCGUUCACGGCCAACGGCCAAGCGGUCGUGAGCUGUUCGUUGGACGGCACCGUGCGCGCUUUCGACUUGAACCGGUACAAGAAUUUCCGCACGCUGACGACGCCGAGCCCUGUCCAGUUUCUCUGCCUCGCCCUGGAUACGAGCGGCCAGCUCGUGUGCGCCGGGACUCUCGAUCCGUUCCACAUAUACGUGUGGUCCAUGCAGACCGGUCGCCUCACGGACGUCUUAAGUGGCCACACGGCGCCGAUCACGUCACUGGCGUUUUCGCCGUCGACGACCGAGGAGCUCCUCCUCGCGUCCGGGUCGUGGGACCAUACCGUGCGCGUAUGGAACGUGUAUCAGAACAAGCCAUUCAUUGAACCGCUUGCCCAUUCCAGCGACGUCCUGGCGGUUGCGUUCCGGCCCGACGGCAAGCAAGUGUGCAGCGCUACGCUCAACGGGCACUUGAAUCUCUGGACGGUCGCGGACGGUGAACUCGUCGGGGAAAUCGAUGGUCAGAAGGACGUGGCUGGAGGCCGGCAUUCGUCGGACGCCAUGUCGGCCGCCAACAACACGCGAUCCAAGCACUUUACGUCAGUGUGUUACUCGGCCGAAGGCAACUGCAUCUUGGCUGGCGGCCAGUCCAAGUAUAUUUGUAUCUACCAAGUGUCGACGAAAACACCGAUGCUCCUCAAGAAAUUUCAGCUGAGCCAAAACCGGAGCUUGGAAGGCGUGCUCGAUCGACUGCACUCGGCUGAAAUGACGGAGGCCGGUGCCAAGGCCCAGCUCAACCUCGACGUUGAUCCUCUCAGCACGUACAACGCCGCUGACAACCAACUUAUCGGCGCGAAGCGAGCCGUGGACCCCGGCGCCCGCCGACAAGGCAUGGAAGUGCUAUCAAAAGCUGUUUUAUUCUCGCCGACAGGCCGAUCGUGGGCUGCCGCCACGACGGAAGGGCUUUUGAUUUACAGCUUGGACGAGACGCUCGUGUUUGACCCGUUUGAUCUUGACGAAGACAUUACGCCCGACACGAUCAGGCGGACACUGGCGCACCAAGAGUUUAGCAAGGGUUUGCUCAUGGCACUGCAUUUAAAUGAAGAACUGUUGCUUCGGUUGUGCUUGGAAAGCGUGCCAGUCGAAAGUAUCCCUCUCGUGGCACAGGCCCUGACCGACACGUACUUGAAGCGGCUCAUGGCGCUGCUGGCCAAGGGACUGACCGACAGCCCCCACUUGGAGUACUACCUCACGUGGAGCCUCGCGAUACUGAACGCGCACGGACCGAUCAUCGACGCGCACUCGGUGGAAUUUCUCAGCACGCUUCGCGCGCUGCAGAAGAGCCUCGUCACCCACUUCAAUGACCUCUCUCGCGUCUGCAACGACAACCAGUACACGCUCGAUUACCUGCGAAACCUGAGCCAGCUAAACCGUCAUGACAGCCAGCAACGCGAUGCCGACCAAGUGGCAGUACCAUAGUCGUCACCCCUGUCACAAAGUUCCUAAAUAUUGCUGCGUUCUUGGACAGUCUAGUUUCGAGCAAUGAGGCCGUACAUCACAAACUUGAGUCGUCGCA